AUCUGUUCUAACACUGGACGGUGAGUUCAAGCGUUUUUAUGUGGCGUAUGCAGAAUAUUUACUAAAUAAUAUGCUCCUCGUCCAGUUCUACGGUUAAUGACAUACAGGUCUUCAACAAACUACUACAGAAUUCAAGAAGUCAGCUUCCUCAAAAUGUUGGACCAACCAGAAUCUGCUGUUGGAGAAAACGUCAUGCUGGCAGUAUGUGUUGAUGAUCCAGGCGGUCCUGAGAAGCUGUAUGUGGGCAGAGUUCCCAGGCCUCAGCUCAAAGCAGGAGAGAUCCUCAUUAAGGUCCAUACCACUGCUCUGAACAGGGCUGACCUACUACAGAGAAGAGGACUUUACCCAGCCCCACCUGGUGAAAGCGAGAUCCUGGGCCUGGAGGCAGCUGGGACGGUGGCUGCCCUGGGUUCAGGGGUCGGAGGACAGUGGGUUCCAGGGCAGCGAGUCAUGGCCCUGCUCUCUGGGGGUGGAUACGCAGAGUUUGUCUCUGUACCAGAAGAGUUGGUCAUGCCAGUUCCUGCUCAUUUGACUAUUACCCAAGCUGCUGCUCUCCCUGAGGCCUGGCUAACGGCCUUUCAGCUGCUUCAUCUCAUAGCUAAAGUGCAGCCAGGAGAAACUGUGCUUGUGCAUGCUGGAGCCAGUGGGGUUGGCACUGCUGCCAUUCAGCUGCUUCGCUUGACUCGGGCCAUUCCAGUAGUAACCGCAGGGACCGCAGAGAAACUUAAGAUGACUAAAAAUCUUGGAGCAGCUGCUGCUUUUAACUACAAAGAUGAAGAUUUCUCUGAGAGGGUCAUGGAGUUUACCAAAGGCCGAGGUGCAGAUGUUAUUCUGGACUGUGUGGGUGGCUCGUGCUGGAAUAAAAAUGUACAGUGUCUGGCUAUGGAUGGGCGGUGGGUCCUCUAUGGCGCCAUGGGAGGCAAACAUGUAGAGGGAGAUCUGCUGGGCAAACUCCUGUCCAAACGGGGUCAUCUGCUAUGCAGCCUGCUCCGGUCACGCAGUCUACAGUAUAAAGCUGAGCUGGUAAAGGCCUUUUCAGAGAGCGCUCUGCCUCAUUUUGAGACACUAAACUCAUCUGUGGCUCUACGGCCAGUCAUUGACCGUGUGUUCAGCAUUCAGGAUAUUGCUGCAGCACAUCAGCACAUGGAGGCCAACAAGAACACCGGAAAAAUAGUCAUCAGGGUGACGGAGUCUAUGUCAGAGGAACUAUAACCGAUCUACCCAGUUUUGCUGCCACAAAUAUAUGCAACACUCAACUUCCAUGUGCCUGCUGUUGUUGUUAAAUUCCACGACUGUAAUGCAAAUCAGUCACAUGUAAUCACAGGUGUUAAAUGCAAAUGUUUUGCAUACCAAAAAUAAGAAACACUAGAUUAAAACGUAAGCCUUCCUCUUCUAGCUAUUCUUAAUCUCGUAUGAUUUGAAUCUAUACACGAUUGAAAUGAAAGGGGAGGUUUGGUUCUCAAAAUGAUAUGGAGUUAUUUCAUUUAUGUGAACUAAUGAUUAAUCAGAGUUUGUAAUUUGAUUAUUAAGUGAUGAUGCAGUAAUGGGAUCAUAAAUCUCUUUCCGGGUCCAACAGCUUUCAGAGCCACUUGUUUUUCUCCAUAGACAGUAAAAUAAACUAUUUGUUUCCACUAUUCAGAGUAGCCUUUUAAAAAAAUGUCAUCCUACUACUCACUUGUUGCCUUAACCUAAUAAAAUGUAUUUUUCGCAGAA